AUGUGGGGCCUGUUCAAGCAAGGCCUGAAGUGUGUUGAAUGCUCGCUGGCGUGCCACGACCAUUGCGCCAAGGACGCGCCGGCGUGCUUGGGCCUCGACGCAGUUGCCACAAUUGACAGCUCGCCGACCCGCCUCCCGCCCAAUGCGAGCACCCAGAGCCUGUCGCUGGGCCUGGGCACGGGUUCGGUCACCGCAUCCACGGGCUCGCUGGGCAGUAAUUUGUCGGCCUCGGCGUCCGCUGUCGCCAGUCCCGCGGACGGCAAUCGUCACCUUUACCAUAGCCUCAGCGUCCAGCCUCGCAAAACGCCAUCUGCUGCCUCUGUCAACCCUACUUCCUCGAUCGUUAUUGUCGUCUAUGACAACAAGCGGCUGGCGGAUGGACAAGUCGAUGCCAUCCUCGCUGGCGCGAAUGCGACUGCCGACUUGGCCAAACGAUCCUCCACCAUCUCUAUUCGAACCAAGCGGACCUCGUCCUUCGCCUCGCCUAUCACGUCGCCAAUCACCUCACCGAUAGCCUCUCCAACCGAUUCCUCUCCUAUUUCGCCAGGUGCUGUGGCCAUGGAAGCAGAGUGGCAAGCCCGGAUUGCAGCAGACGAAGCUGCGCCAUUGCCGCCAGGAUGGCAAGAGCAAAUCGAUUCCAGCGGACGGCCAUUUUUCGUCAAUAACGAUACUCGUCAAGUCUCCUAUUCAUCUCCCAGCAUUUUGCUUGCAUCUUCAAGAGACUCUGUUGCCGCCAAUGAACGAAACAACCAACUCAAUUAUCAAUACUAUGCUCUCACACCUCCAAACUCAGGCACUGCUUCUCGGUCUCUCAUUCCACCCGUGCCGUCAGCACCUUCAACGUCCAUCGUUGAGAUGCCAGCUGGCGACGACACCUCUCCUGUUCGGAUGGCAACUGUUGAGAUUUCGUGGGUCAAACCCGCCGCCAGCAAAGACGAAAUUCGAUUCGUUCUGCAGUGCAUGCAGCUCGCCCAAACGAAUCGCAGAUAUCGAGCAGGCAGCGUUCUGAGCACUGUCAGUGACGUCGUUGAUAGCAGUGAUGACGAAGAUUUGUUUGCCUUUACGGCACAUGAAGCCAACUCGCGAGACGUUCCUGGUAGUCCGGCAGGGAGAGCUCAGACGCUCUCUGCUGGCUCCCACUUGUCCCGGCAACGAACCCUCUCGAGCACCUCUGCGACCCAAGGAGAGUCCCCACAAAAGUCAUCCAUCUCUGGCGCGUUCGUCGACAUGUAUCGUGGAGCUGGAACUGUCUACACGGCGCAGCUUGCCGUCGGCUAUGAGCACUAUUUCCGGGUGCGAGCCGUCAAUUCGUACGGAUCUAGUGAUUGGAGCAUCUCGUCGCGGCCUCUCCUGCUCGAGAAUGGCAGCACGUCAGCGGGCGGCGGCAGCAGCAACCACAAUAGCAACUCGCCUCGUCGCCAGCCUCCCAGCAGUGCUCCGCUACCGGUCACCGAUAAUCGGCCCCAUUGUCGGUUCUUCAUGGCCGGACAAUGCGUUCGGGGCUCUCGGUGCCCGUUCUCGCACGGAAGCGGGCCGCAAACGCCGGAAGAUGUGCUCGUGGCCGCCAUGGCUGCUGUGAUGCAAAGCGAUGCAGAUACCAAUCUUGCCGCUGCGAUAGCUGCGUCUCUUUUCGAGUAUGAACAGCACAAUAUUGAGGCUGCGGCCUCUCCACCCGAUCCAUCACCGCUGGGUCAAAUGAGGCGCGACUUUAAUGCCAAGCAGCGCAAAAUUCGAUCUUCGUUGCAAGCAUCGCCAGGCGAGUGCCACUUGAAAGUACAUCGGGCUUCGCUUUUCCAGUCAUCAGAGCGCGAGGUUAUGAAACGGCCCACCAAGAUUCUCAAGAAGCACCUGUUUGUGCAUUUCGAUGACGAGGGCGGCCUUGACUACGGUGGCCUCGCUCGCGAAUGGAUUUUUCUCUUGUCUCACGAAAUGUUCAAUCCCUUCUACGGGCUGUUUGAAUACUCGUCCGAGACAAACUACACUCUUCAAAUCAAUCCCAACUCAAUCACCAAUCCAGACUGCCUCCGCCAUUUCGAGUUUGUCGGGCGAAUGGUGGGACUCGCCACCUUCCACCGUCACUUCAUUGAUGCCGCUUUCGUCAGUACAUUCUACAAGCAACUACUGCGGCGACCGCUUCAACUCGGUGAUCUUCAGCACGUCGAUCCUGAGCUUCAUCGAAGCAUGAUUUGGAUUUUGGAGAACGACGUCACAGACGUGAUUGACCAGACUUUCACGGUGGACGUCGACAAGUUUGGAAUGACCGUCACUCAAGAGCUCAUCCCGAACGGAGCUCAGAUUCAGGUCACUGAAGACAACAAGAAGCGCUUUGUCGAUGCGAUGGCGCAGUGGCGCUUCUUCCGUGGCACCGAGCGACAGAUGCGCGCAUUCAUGACUGGAUUCUACGAGUUCGUUCCUCUUGAAGAGAUUCGUCACCUCGACGAGAGCGAGCUCGAGUUUUUGAUUUCAGGCCUUCGUCAGCUUGACAUUGAAGAUUGGGAAAAUCACACUGAUUACACCGGUUACGACAAGACCGAUGAGCAAGUGAUUUGGUUCUGGAAAUGCUUGCGAGAAAUGGAUGCUGAAAAACAAGCCAAGCUGCUCCAGUUUGUUACUGGCACCUCUCGAGUUCCUCUGGAAGGGUUUCGGGCUCUGCAAGGAACCGAUCGCGCCAGGCCAUUCUGGAUUCAGCGCAUCCAUGAUGUCAGUCGCCUUCCAAGCAGCCACACUUGCUUUAAUCGACUCGAUCUUCCUGCGUAUAGCUCGUUCGAAAUACUGCGCUCCAAGCUGCUGGCUGCGGUCGAAGGCUCGCAAGGCUUUACGAACGAAUAG